AUGUCUCCCAACGCGAAAGCUGUAGUCGCCGCCGAAGUCGUGCAUGUAGACAGUGACGAAGAAGAUAACGGAAUAGGAGGAGGAGGAGGAUUGUCUCUAAUCGAAAAUCCGCAAGUUCCAAAUACGAACUCUAAUACGACGGUGGCUCCACUGGAAACCCUAGAGUGCCGGAGCUUCUGGAAGGCCGGAGAAAGCUUCGUGACACCGAAUGUUGUUUCCCAAGCCGCUCCAGGUAUGCUGGAGCAUGCUCGUGUUCAUCCAAAGUUUCUUCACUCCAAUGCUACUUCUCACAAAUGGGCCUUUGGAGCUAUAGCUGAACUACUUGACAAUGCUGUUGACGAGAUACAAAACGGUGCAACCUUUGUUAAGAUUGAUAAGAUUGAUAUUGCUAAGAAUAAUUCUCCAGCUUUAGUUUUUCAAGAUGAUGGCGCUGGGAUGGAUCCCAAUGGGAUCAGAAAAUGCAUGAGCUUAGGGUACUCGUCAAAGAAGUCUAAUACAACGAUUGGACAGUAUGGAAAUGGUUUCAAGACAAGUACCAUGAGACUUGGAGCUGAUGCCAUUGUUUUUAGUCGCUCAACUCGUUCAGGGAAAACUACUCAAAGCGUCGGCCUUUUAUCUUACACAUUCCUUAGAAGAACUGGUCAAGAUGAUGUCAUUGUUCCUAUGAUUGAUAUGGAUAUAUCCAAGGAGCGACCACAACCAAUUAUCUAUGGAUCUUCAGAAGAUUGGUCUACCAACCUUGACAUUCUUCUCAAAUGGUCUCCAUUUUCAACAAAAGACGAACUUUUGCAUCAGUUUGAUGAUAUUGGAACGCAUGGAACAAAAGUAAUUAUCUUUAACUUGUGGCUUAAUGAUGAAGGAAUCUAUGAGCUGAGUUUUGACGACGAUGAUGAGGACAUCCGGCUUCGAGAUGAAAGUGUCCAUGAUGGAAAACGGGUGCACCACAAAGAACUGGAACGGAGAUCUCAUAUUUCAUACCACUUACGUUACUCCCUGAGGGCUUAUGCUUCAAUGUUAUAUCUGGAAAAGUUCAAAAAUUUCAAAAUUAUACUUCGGGGAGUCCCUGUGAAGCAAUUCAACAUUGCUGAUGAAUUCAGAUAUCCUGAAAUUAUAAAGUACAAGCCCCAGAUAGCUACAAUGGAACAAGUUACCACUGAAAUCAAAGUUGGAUUUAUUAAGGAGGCGCCUCACCUUUCAGUUUGCGGUUACAAUGUCUAUCACAAAAACCGUCUCAUCCGGCCAUUCUGGAAGGUGACGAUGGACGGGUCAGCUUUAGGCCAUGGUGUUGUCGGAGUUCUUGAAGCAAACUUCAUAGAACCGGCUCAUGAUAAGCAGGAUUUUGAGAGGUCUUCUUUAUUCCAGCGGUUGGAGGCGAGGCUGAAGAAGAUUGUCACCGAUUACUGGAAUAGCCACUGCCACGUUUUCGGAUACAAGAGUUAUCACAUGCAAAUGCCUGCAGAUAGAUCGAAAAGGAUACCGAUACCUGAUCAACCGCCUACUGUCAAUACUUUCAAUCCUUUUCCUUCCCCUACUCAAGGUGGUCCAGUAAUACGCGAAAUCAGUAUUAGUAAUGCCACUUCAGUCCGUACAGUUGCUGCUCCACCGCCACAUAUGAGAAACUCCACGGGUGUAAGAAAUAACUUCCAACCCGUGCAGCUUAUUCCUCAACAUGUGCAGCAUAAUGCUCAACCUGUGCAGCUUAAUGCUGAACCUGUGCAGCUUAAUGCUCAACCUGUGCAGCUCAAUCCUCAACCUGCAGCUACCGAUGCUAGAAACAAGCUUGUUGGCAAGUCAGUGGAGGAGAUAAGCCAAGAGAACAUACAACUCUUCAUGAAGUGCGAGGAAUAUGUAAAGAAAGAGAAUGAGAUGGAACAGACUGUAAUGAACUUAGAAAAGGAACUGGAAGAAGCUAAAAGUAGAUGUGUACAACUUGCUCUGCUUGUGGAUGCUAAGAAGAAAGAGAUGCAAAAGCUUAGUUAA